AUGGUAAUGCUAGUGAUAUUGAUGGGCUUCAAGCUAAAUUUUUUAAAUAGGGAGUUGAAGGUCGCAAAUAUUUUUCCAGCAAACCUGAGGUGUGAUGAAGAGUGUAAGGCAACCAAGAGAUCUUUAAAGGGUAGAGAUUUGAACAAAGAAAACAAGAAGUAUGCAAAAUUAAUUCAAGCAAAAAAAGAAUAUGUAAAUGCAAGAAGGAAGGAGUUAAUCUCUCUUGGAAAACGCAAUCACAAAUAUUUUUGGAAGGAACUACAACAAAGGAGAAAACAAACUACGAAUAGUAUUACAAAUACUCAAUGGCUAGAAUAUGCAAAGCUUCUUUACGAGCAGAUGCAUGAGAAGAACUUCCCUCUCAUAGUGAACACAUCGGUGGAGCUAUUCACGGUGGAUGAUAUCAAACAUGGAAUAAAAAAUUUAGCAAAUGGUAAAGCUAGUGAUAUUGAUGGGCUUCAAGCUAAAUUUUUUAAAUGGGGAGUUGAGCUUCUCGCUCCUCACAUAAAGGGAAUCUUCAAUAGUGUCAUUCAAGAUGGUUUCCCAACGGAUUGGAAAACUAGUGUGGUUAUUCCCCUCUUUAAAAGUGGGGAUAUCAAUAACCCAUCUAACUACCACACUAUUAUGGUCAACCCCCUUCUAGGCAAACUUUUUAAGAGCAUGGUGGAACAUAGAAUCAGCAGUUGGGCAAAAGAUGAAGGAAAAAGAGCAAAAGGUCAAGCUGGUUUCAGGCCUAGGCAUUCCACCAUUGAUCAUUGCAUCACCCUUCGACAUUUGAUAGAGAAAAUAUGGGACAAUCAAGGGGAAGAAGCAUAUUGCUAUUUUGUGGACUUUAAGAAAGCCUUUGACAUAGUGCCUAGAGACAAGCUAUGGAACAGAAUGGAAGAAUUGGGUAUCCUUGACAUGUAUAGAGCAGUAGUGCAUAGACUAUAUGAGAGAGUGAGAGCUAAAAUCAGAACUAGUGAAGGAAUGUAA